AUGGAAGAGUUUGAAAUGAGUGAUCUUGGGGUCAUGACUUACUUUCUUGGCAUAGAGUUCCACAAGUCAAAAUUGAGACUACUCAUGCACCAAAGGAAGUAUGCACUUGAGAUAUUGAAGAGGUGUGAUAUGGAGCAUUGUAAUGCUGCCAAUACACCAGCUGAAGCAAGGUUGCAAGUGUCCAAAAGUGAUGAUGAGCAGAAUGUGGAUCCAACACAAUAUAGAAGAAUGAUUGGAUCAUUAUGUUACUUGUGCAAUACGCGGCCAGAUUUGGCGUUUAGUGUCGGUAUUGCGAGUAGAUUUAUGGAGAGACCAAAGGUGUCUCACUUGACAACAGUUAAGAGGAUCAUACGAUACAUCAAAGGUACUCUUGAUAACGUUCCAGCCAUUAACCUUGCUAAGAAUCCCAUUGCACAUGGGAGGAGCAAGCAUAUUGAGAUGAGGUUUUAUUACUUGAGGGAUUUGGUGUGUGAAGGUAAGCUGAGAUUGGGAGACUGUCGAAGAGAAUAA